CCCUCCCAUUUCCUCUCCUCCUCCUCCUCCCCUCUCUCUCUCUUUCUCUCUCUAGACGCGUGUGUGUGCAGCUCCUCCUUCCUCCCUCCCUCAUGACCGCCACCGAUUGAAACCCUAGCUCGCCCCCUCCCGGUCCUCCUGCGGCCUCCGCUCCCCUCCCAGGGGACAGGGAUCGACCCGAACCGACGCGGCCUCUGUGUGGGGGAGAUCCUUCCAGUGCGGGAUAUAUGUCCUUCAAUCAACCCAGGUACCAGAAGAGCGAGGCGGCGCAAGAUCGUAGAGGCGGCGCAAGAUCCGCGAGCUUCAGCCAGCAGCGGGCCUCCUCGGGCGGCUACAGUAAGGGCGGCGGUGCCCCCGCCCCUUCCCCUUCCCUCCCCUCCAAUCGAAGUUACAAGAAGACUAAUAAUGUGCAAGGAGGCCAAUCUAGGGUAAGCGUGCGGCCUGCGAAUAUCUCCUCGGAGCCCCCCGCGGGUGCCCCUCCCACCCAGCAUAAUCUGCAAAACGGUGUCCAUGUGCAGCCCCAGCCCCAAUCGCAGGGACGAUCUGAUGGUGGACAUACAAGCGCCACUGCCAGGCCUGCUGAAACACCUCCAGCCUCCAAUAGAGGCAUCCGAGCUGUUCCGAAAGCUCCAACUUCUCAACCACCCGCCGUGAGUUCUGAAAUGCCGCCUCCUUCGACUCCUCAAAAGGCUCCUGGAGAUGCCUCUAAACCAUUCUCUUUCCAGUUUGGCACUUUAAGUCCUGGUCUCAUGAAUGGAAUGCAGAUUCCUGCCAGAACCAGCUCCGCUCCACCAAAUUUAGAUGAGCAAAAACGUGAUCAGGCUCGCCAUGAUGCUAUUAAAAGUGGUCCACCAGUGCCAGUUCCUCCUGCUCCUAAGUAUCCAUUACCAAAGCAAGAUUUAGGUGCAACUGACCAGUCUAAUACUGGGGACAGCCUUACUGUUCCGAAGGGCAAGAAGGAUCAAGUCCCUCCCAUUCCCCCCUCUGCACAAUCACAGAAACCUCCAGCUCACCUCAUGCCUGCAAUUUCCAUGCAAAUGCCUUUUAACCAGCCACAGGUUCCUAUUCCGUUCAAUGGCCCCAAUACUUCGAUUCAGUCUCAAGGAAUGGCAUCCGCUUCUCUUCAAUUGCCAAUACAAAUGCCUAUGCUACCUGUGGGAAAUGCUCCUCCUUCAAUGCAGCAGCAGAUGUUUGUCGCAGGUCUGCAGUCCCAUAUGAUUCAACCUCAGGGCAUCAUGCAUCAGGGUCAGGGCAUGAGUUUUGGGGCUCAGAUUAAUACCCAAUUCUCCCUCCAGUUGGGAACUUUGGGAAUGGGUAUGAGUCCAUAUUCGCAACAACAAGGAGCGAAAUUUGGAGGUCCUCGCAAGACUUCUGUCAAAAUAACUCACCCAGAAACACAUCAAGAGGUGAGGCUUGAUAAACGAACAGAGGGGUUUUCUGAUGGAGGGCCAUCAAUCCGGUCUCAUCCAAACGUACCUCCUCAAGCGCAGCAUGUAUCAUCGUACCCAUCAAACCAUCCAGUCAGCUAUUAUACAAACAGUUACAGUCCCGGCCCUCUAUUCUUCCCUGCCCAAAGUUCUCUUCCCCUACCUGGUACUCAGAUAACCCCCACCUCUCAGGCACCAAGAUUUAAUCCUCCUGUCAACCAAGGGGCUCAAAGAAUGACAUUAAUGAAUUCCCAAGAUAAUUCGCAGCUUCCUGAGAGGACUGGUAUCUCUAUCCGAGCAGCUGUGGAGCCACCCAAGCAGGAUCAAAUGCAAAAUUCCCAUGCUCCUCCUUCAGCUCUUGCGCAGGGGACAUCUAAGCCCAGAAUUGGUUCUGAUGGUGAAAAUAUUACUGAUUUAUCUUCUGCAAGUGUCUUAACUGCUUUUGAAAAGGUUGAAUCACCUAAAGCUGUCAAGAUUUCUGGGAAUUCAGCAUCUAGAGAUUCUGAGGUUCCCAGAGGCCCUUUAUCGAAGGAACCUGGAAGUGAAUUAGGGGCAUUGCCAGGGCCUAAUAAACAACAUGUAGGUUUGACUGGUGCUUCUGGGGAACGGUCUGUAACCAGUUCUUCAACUGCCAAUCGCUCUUCCGCCGAAGCAGCUUCGGCUAAUGUUGCUGGAAGGAGAAUGGAGAACCUUAGCAGGUCCAAUUCUAUGAAGAAUCAUGAGCAAGGAAAGAAAGGGGAUGACCCACAUCCAAUCAUGGUUGCUGAAGAAGGAAACUCAAUCUCAGCCGUAGCUUUACGGGAAUCUACUCAGGGUGGGGUGCUUGAGAAUUUGGAAGCUAAGACAACUAACACCUACCCAUCAGGAAUUUGUGAAGAUGUUCUAGAGUCUGUAAGUGAAUCGUUUUCGACAACGGAUGCUCUUUCUCCCGAUAACGUGGAACUUGAGCACCAUGGUGCUGGGGAAGGCAUUGGCUCUGUGUCAUCUGAAAUUUCUUCUGGUGUACUGGUUCUUGAUAAUUCAGAGAGUUCCCAACAAUCAAUUCAAGAUGAGUCUGCCGAGAAAAAUGAAAUUUUGGCUAAUGCGGAUGCUGACAGAGGAGAACUAGAUAGUUCGGGGCCUGUUGAACAGUCUAAAGAGUCUGAUGAUAGUUCUGUGAUUUCUUCUGUCUCAGUCUCUUUAGAACAUUCUGAUAUCAUCAAAGAGGGUGACCUGGAUUCUGUCCCAUUGGUCGAAGCUUCUGGGAAGGAGAUUCCAACUAGCACAGCUGAGAGGACCAGCCUGGACGAAGAGAGAUAUCAUCGAGAUAUUGAUAAGACGAUGGGAAAUUUGGAGAUGCCUACAUCCUCAUCUGUGGAUUCUGAAAUUGGAGAAGCUACCCCUCAUGAUGCUGUUCCUUUAGCUAGUGUUCAUGGUGACAAUUCUUAUGCAGAUGCCUCUGUAAAUGGGAUGGAUGAGGUGAUUGACUCUUCUUCUGUUUCAAUGUCCGACUCUUUCAAAGCAGGUGCUGGGGAUGAUGGUGAUGCUACAGAAAGUGUCGGAGGCAGCUUGAAAUCAGUUCAGAUGGCAGUUCCCAAAGAUAUGCCUGCUCCAGAAAUAAGUAGGUCUUCAAGUAAUAUAUUUAAAGGAAAGAAAAAGAGGAAAGAAUUUCUCCAGAAAGCUGAUGCUGCUGGGGCAACUCUCGAUCUGUAUUUGGCUUAUAAAGGUCCAGAGGAAAAGAAAGAAGCAGUUAAGUCCUCCAGAGGCGCAGAGAUUGCUUCUGAGGACAUUCAUGCAAACCAAGCAGCAGCUGAGACAUCUCCAAAAGAAGCUGUGGUGAGCGAUGAUGUUCAGCAAGUUAAAGCCGAGAUAGAUGACUGGGAAGAUGCUGCCGAUGUCUCGUCACCAGCAUUGGAACCUUCUACUAGCGGGCAACAGGUUGAUAUUUUUGUGCCAAGUGACGACAAUAGAAACGGGUUUGUCGCAAGAAAAUAUUCUAGAGAUUUUCUCCUGAAAUUUGCGCAGAGAUGUACUAAUCUUCCCGGGAAGUUUGAAGUGACACAUGACAUAGCCGAGGCAUUCAAUCCUUCUGUUAAUGUUUCUCGUUUUGUUGACCGUGAUUCUCACCCCAGUCCUGGGAGAACGACAGACAGGCAAAGUGGGGGUGCUCGGCUAGAUCGCCGCGGAAGUGGUUUGGUUGAUGACGACAAGUGGAGUAAACUGGGUCCUUUUGGUCCAGGGCGCGAUCUGCGUCUUGAUGUGGGCCCUGGGCCUAACCCAGGUCUCCGACCUGGCCAAGGAGGUAAUUACGGUGUUUUGAGGAAUCCUCGUGUACAGACUCCUGUCCAAUAUGCAGGAGGGAUACUAUCUGGUCCAGUGCAGUCCCCGGGAUUUCAGGGAGGGAUGCAGAGAAAUAAUUCUGAUGCUGACAGGUGGCAGCGUGCUACUAGCUUCCCGCAGAAGGGUCUGAUACCUUCUCCUCAGACUCCAUUACAGAUGAUGCACAGGGCUGAGAAGAAGUAUGAAGUAGGUAAAGUUACGGAUGAGGAACAGGCUAAGCAGAGGCAGUUGAAAGCUAUCUUAAACAAGUUGACUCCUCAGAAUUUUGAGAAAUUGUUUGAGAAAGUGAAAGCAGUUAACAUUGACAAUGCAACCACUCUUAACAGUCUUAUCUCUCAGAUUUUUGAUAAGGCUUUGAUGGAGCCCACAUUUUGUGAAAUGUAUGCCAACUUAUGUUGUCAUCUCGCUGUAGAGUUGCCUCAUUUCAAUGAAGAUAAUGAUAAGAUUACUUUUAAGAGGGUGCUUUUGAACAAGUGCCAGGAAGAAUUUGAGAGAGGGGAAAGAGAGGAGGAGGAAGCCAAUAAAGCUGAAGAGGAGGGCGAGAUCAAACAGUCUGAAGAAGAAAGAGAGGAGAAGAGGAUUAAGGCCCGAAGAAGAAUGCUGGGAAACAUCAGAUUAAUUGGGGAGUUGUAUAAGAAGAAAAUGUUAACUGAGAAAAUAAUGCAUUCAUGCAUAAUGAAACUGUUGGGGGGUCAACAUGAGACUCCUGAGGAGGAGGACAUUGAGGCGUUGUGCAAAUUAAUGAGUACUAUUGGGGAGAUGAUUGACCAUGUAAAAGCAAAGGGCACCAUGGAUGCAUAUUUUGAGAGGAUGUCGGUUUUGUCAAAUAACAUGAAUCUCUCCUCAAGGGUUAGGUUCAUGUUAAAAGAUUCAAUUGAUUUAAGGAAAAAUAAAUGGCAGCAAAGGAGGAAGGUUGAAGGGCCAAAGAAGAUUGAUGAAGUUCAUAGAGAUGCUGCUCAAGAACGACACCAGGUUAGCAGAAAUGCUCGUGGUCCAGGGAUCAAUCCUUCAAGAAGAGGACAGCCAGUGGACUUUUCUUCUAGGGGCUCUAGUAUGUUAUCCUCUCCAAAUGCCCAGGCCAGUGGUUUCCGUGGGUUGCAGUCACAGGUCCGUGGGCAGGGCAGUCAGGAUGUUCGGUUUGAAGAAAGACAGCCUCAUGAGCCCAGGCCAUUGGCAGUUCCUUUGCCUCAAAGGUUAAGUGAUGAUUCUCAUUCAAUUACUCUAGGACCUCAGGGUGGGCUUGCCAGGGGCAUGUCAUUCAGAGGGCCGUCAUCAGUGUCAAGCACUUCAGUAGCUGAUAUGUCCUCCGGCUUGUUGGACUCUCGAAGAAUAGCAGACGGUUCAAAUGGAUUUAGCUCUGUAGAGAAGACAAGCUACAGCUCAAGGGAAACUGUGACGAGUCAUAUGGCAGAUAGGCUUUCAGGCUCUGGUGCUUAUGACCAAUCUGGUGUGCAUCGUAAUAGGCCUGGUAGCCGAGAAGGUUUUGAUAGAUCUGGUGGAAAUUCUCCUUCACUUCGAGUACAGGGAACAGGUUCCUCUCAGGAUAUGUCUUCAGAGAAAGUAUGGUCAGAAGAGAGACUGAGAGUUAUGUCCAUUGCAGCAAUUAAAGAAUUCUAUAGUGCCAAAGAUGAGAAGGAAAUUAGUUUAUGCAUCAAGGACUUGAAUUCUCCAAGCUUCUAUCCUUCCAUGAUCUCUCUCUGGGUUACACACUCCUUUGAAAGGAAAGACUUGGAAAGGGAUCUCCUGGCCAAGCUUCUAAUCAACCUUACUAGGUCUCAAGAAUGCAUGUUAAGUCCGGUGGACCUCAUCAAAGGGUUCGAGUCUGUGCUCACUACUUUGGAGGAUACAGUCAACGAUGCCCCGAAAGCAGCCGAGUUUCUCGGCCGUAUUUUUGGCAAAGUUAUUGCUGAAGACGUGAUUCCAUUGAGGGAGAUUGGGCGUUUGAUACACGUAGGCGGAGAAGAACCUGGACAGCUUGUAGAAGCUGGGCUUGCGGCGGACGUCCUUGGAAGCAUUCUGGAGGUGAUCAAAUCUGAGAAAGGUGACACUGUUUUCAACGAGAUUCUGUCUAGCUCCAACUUGCGGUUGGAGGAUUUUCGGCCGCCGGGACGUACAAGCUCAAGGAUUUUAGACAAGUUCUUUUAGAUGAUUAAGAUGGCACUCAGUGUAUCUCUCGUAGUUGCUAUUUAAUAUAGAAAGUUUUUUCUUAUGGGUGGACGAUAAUCUCUUUUGGUUGUCCUUGUCCACGCCAUGGAAUAGUUUUAUUCUUUGAAAGAUCAAAUGCAAAAUCCAGAGGUUCAAUGGAGCAUUAACCUCGAGCUAAGUGUUUGUUUUCAUACUAGGGAGAAUACAUAUGGUCAAUAUAAUAUAGAAAUUAGUAA